AUGCUCAACGUUCCUCAGCUGAGCAGUAGCAGAAUGGAGUUAGAACCAGGUCUCCUGAUUUUCAUCCUUGAGGUUUUUUUCUCAUCACCCUGCUGCCUCCUAGGCUGGGGGCUGCGGGGCGCUCUGGCGGCGGUGGCGCUGCUCUCGGCGCUCAAUGCCGCUGGCACAGUGUUCGCGCUGUGUCAGUGGCGCGGGCUGAACGCGGCCGUGCGGGCGCUGGAGGCUCAGCAGGGCCGGGAGCUGCGUGAGGACAGUGCCCUGCGUUCCUUCCUGGCUGAGUUGAGUUGCGCGCAGCGCAGGGCGCCCGCUCCUCCCCCGGAUCCCGCAAGCGCCGCGCGCAAUAAGCGCAGCCACGGCGGGGAGCCCGCGCCACACAUCCGCGCAGAGAGCCACGACAUGCUGAUGAUGAUGACCUACUCCAUGGUGCCGAUCCGAGUGAUGGUGGAUCUCUGCAACAGCACCAAGGGCAUCUGCCUGACAGUGCCAGAAACCCGCCAGAGCUUAUUUGAUAAAAGACAAAAGGCAAGAACUUAUUUGCCAGGACCACCUGGCCCACCAGGACCUCCAGGAGUUGGUGGGUUACCAGGACACAAUGGAUCAGAUGGACAGCCUGGUCCUCAGGGCCCAAAAGGAGAAAAAGGAGCAACUGGGAAAAGAGGAAAAAUGGGGCUACCUGGAGCCACCGGAACUCCAGGGGAAAAGGGAGACCCUGGUGAGCUGGGUUUGACUGGAAAUGAGGGCCCAGCAGGGCCAAAGGGUGACAAAGGAGACAAAGGGGAUGUGUCCAAUGAUGUGCUCCCCACAGGUGCCAAAGGUGACCAAGGCCCGCCAGGCCCACCUGGCCCCCCGGGCCCUCCAGGCCCCCCAGGACCCCCCGGAAGCAGAAGAGCUAAAGGCCCGCGGCAGCCAAACAUGUUCAAUGGCCAGUGCCCAGGAGAGACAUGUGCCAUACCAAAUGAUGAUACCUUGGUUGGAAAAGCAGAUGAGAAAGGCAGGGAACACCAUUCUCCACAAGCAGAAUCCAUGAUCGCUUCCGUUGGAAAUCCAACACAAGUACUGAAAGUUACAGAGACAUUUGGGACUUGGAUAAGAGAGUCUGCUAACAAGAGUGAUGAGCGGAUCUGGGUGACUGAACAUUUCUCAGGCAUCAGGGUGAAGGAAUUCAAAGACCAAGCCUCCCUGCUGAAUGGCAGUUUCACUCUCCUGCAUCUCCCGUAUUAUUUCCAUGGGUGCGGGCAUGCUGUUCACAACAACUCUCUCUACUACCACAAAGGAGGCUCCAACACCAUAGUGAGAUUUGAAUUUGGCAAACAAACAUCCCAAACUCUGAAACUUGAAAAUGCCCUGUAUUUUGAUCGAAAAUACCUCUUUGCAAAUUCCAAAACUUACUUCAAUUUAGCUGUGGAUGAAAAGGGCCUUUGGAUUAUCUAUGCUUCAAGUGUGGAUGGCUCGAGCAUUCUUGUCGCCCAGUUGGAUGAGAGGACAUUCUCUGUGGUCCAACACAUCAAUACCACGUACCCCAAGACUAAGGCCGGCAACGCCUUCAUUGCCCGAGGGAUCCUUUAUGUCACGGACACCAAAGAUCUGAGGAUAACAUUUGCCUUUGAUUUGUUAGGAGGGAAACAGAUCAAUGCAAACUUUGAUUUAAGAACUUCCCAGUCUGUUCUUGCUAUGUUAUCCUACAAUAUGAGAGACCAGCAUUUAUAUUCAUGGGAAGAUGGUCAUUUAAUGCUUUAUCCUGUGCGGUUUUUGUCAGCUACAAUAAACCAGUGAUGAGUUGCAUUCUGUC